UGCAGUCAAAGCUGGAAAGGUUUAAAGUUUUAAAGAGAGAGAUCACAUUUAUAAAAAAAAAAAAGAUGGAGCAGACUUGUGAAGAUAUAGACGAAAUGUUUAGCAACUUAUUGGGAGAAAUGGACUUAUUAACUCAGAGUUUAGGGUUAGAAACACUUCCACCCCCUCCAACAAAGUCAGUAUCUGACAUGAAUUUCUCUGUUGGGUUUAAAGAUUUAAAUGAAUCAUUACAUGCACUUGAAGACCAUGACUUUGAAGCAUUAAUGGCUGAUCUAGUUGCUGAUCUCAAUGAAGCUGAAAUUAAUGUUUCUGCUCACAACCACCACACAACUUCACUUGCGCAUACAGGAGUCAAUGAUUUUGUAGAUUACUUCCCGGAUGCUCCUGAAACUCUGACAACUGGUUCAGAGGAAGAUAUUUACCCACUGCCACCACCAUCCCCUCCUUUACCAGAACCAGAUUUUCCUCCACCUCCACCUGACCCCACAGAAACAGGAACUCCGGAAGAGUCAAAAGCAAAAGCUGAUCAAAUUAAACUUGCUCUGGGCAAGAUGAAGGAAGCCAAAGUUAAAAAACUUAUUGUCAAGAUUCAUAUGAAUGAUAGCAGCACUAAAACCUUAAUGGUAGAUGAACGGCAGACAGUAAGAGAUGUAUUAGAUAAUCUUUUUGAAAAAACUCACUGCGACUGCUCCAUUGAGUGGUGUUUAUAUGAGGUACUCCCUGAACUACAAAUAGAGAGGUUCUUUGAAGACCAUGACAAUAUUGUUGAAAUCUUAUCAGAUUGGACUCGAGACAGUGAAAAUAAAAUUCAUUUUUUAGAAAAAAAAGAAAAGUAUGCUGUGUUUAAAAACCCUCAGAAUUUCUAUCUGGCAAGAAAAGGGAGCUCUGAUUUGAAGGAUAUGAAUGAAAAAAAUAAGAUCACUUUACUAGAGCAAAGUUUCUGCGGAGCGUCGGUAGUUGUGCCAGAACUUGAAGGGGCUCUUUAUUUGAAAGAAGAUGGCAAAAAAUCUUGGAAGAAGCGAUACUUCCUUCUACGAGCUUCUGGGAUUUAUUAUGUACCGAAAGGAAAGACUAAGACAUCUCGUGACCUAGCAUGCUUCAUCCAGUUUGAGAAUGUGAAUGUUUAUUAUGGCACUCAUUACAAGAUGAAAUACAAAGCUCCAAGUGACCACUGCUUUGUGCUUAAGCAUCCACAAAUUCAGAAGGAGUCACAAUAUAUAAAAUACCUGUGCUGUGAUGAGCCCUGGAUUUUACAACAGUGGGUUACUGGUAUUAGAAUAGCCAAGUAUGGGAAGGCUUUGUAUGACAACUAUAAGACUGCUGUGCAAAGGGCAGGACUAGCAUCUCAUUGGUCAGCUCUCAGCACAUCAACUGUAUCAACCUCAACAGGAUCUUCACAAGGAAAUGGCCAGAUCCCGCAGAGUGUAACCACCGUCAGCACCACAUUCUCUGAGGCCUGGAAACGAGGCGAGACAGCCAAGGAGAAGAAUGUAGAUGAGGUCAGCAAACCUGAAUCAAAAAACUCAACUCCUAUGUUAACAAAAUAUCCCCCACCCACACCAAUAAGGGUAUCAUCUAAUAUGCCAGCCCCUACGGUGCCUUCACUGCCUGUUAAAUCAAGACAAGUAAACUGUGAUGUCCCACCUCCACCAUCAUUUACAGCCCCAGAUCCUUUGGAGUUUGGUGAUGAAUUCCUGCCCCCACCACCUCCUGACUUUAUUGAAGAACCCCCUGAUUUUUUACCUCCUCCACCACCUUGUGCAGCUACAUAUGCUCCUCCUUCCAAAUUAACAGAGCCAUCAAGCUUCAAUGCGCCAGCUCCUCCACCACCUCCUCUUCCACCUCUAAAUAACACCCAACAUCAGCCUGUAGUUAAGAAGAUGCCUCCUCUUCCUCCAAAAAGACAGGACAAUGCAGGAACAAUGUCAAAGGAAACAUCCAAUGCAAGUGCAGGAGGGGGAGGUGAUCAACCAGAUUUUAUGUCGGAUCUGAUGAAAGCUUUGCAGAAGAAGAGAGGCAACACAUCCUAAAUGCCACCAAUUAUAUGUUAAUGCAAUAUACAGAAGAGUGCCAGUAUUGAAGGGAACCGAACACAAAGACCAUUCAGAAUGAUGAUCAGGAUAAUUAACCUCAAACCAACAUUAAGCUUUAACUAAGGAACAGACAUUUUUACUGCAGUUUUUUUUUUUGCAAAUCUCACAAUUUGAUAUAUUACUCCAUGAUUUACAUGAAAUUCUUUUACAAUUCCUGGACCAAAUUUUAGUGUUUUGUAUUUGAAUUGUUUCUCUGUUUUAUGCUUCAUAGGUAGUUCAUUUAAAUAUGAAUACAGUUUACUGUAAAUACAAAACAGUAAUGCAACACUAUUAGACACUCUAAUAGAACAGUGCACAUUUUACAUGAACAUGUAUUUGCCUUAGAUAUAAUCUGUAGAGAAAUUAGUCUAAAAUACACAAUACUUACUCUAAAUUUAAGUGAAUUAUAUAAAUAUAUGUAUUGUUCAGGGACAUUGCAUGCAUAUAUAUCUGACCCAUAUGAAAGAGUAGCAUUUAAACAUGUUGCUUUUUUGUAUGAAAAUUUCUGAAGGAAAAGCUAUUGAAAUUGUACCUAUGAACCAAUAAGAAUUAGCAGGAGAUGCUUAUCAGACAUCAAGCAUUAGCAGGAGAGGUCUAUCAGACAGCGAGCAUUGGUAGGAAGUACGUAACUGAUACUGCUUUAUUAGUUCCGAUUAAAAUAGCUUUUAUUUGACAUUUUGCAGGGAAAAACCCACCAACAUAUUUAUAUAUUUUUUUCAUAAGAAUGACAGAAAAUGUUUAUUUAAAUAUUUUAGUUCCAAAACCUGUGCCACCUAAUUAAAAAAAAAAAAAUCAAAUUAUUGACUAAAUAUGGAGCAUUAGUGUUUUACUAAAUGUCAUAUUAUUCAUAUGUAUUUACAACAGUAUUAUAAUAUUGCUCGACUCUAUGAAUUGCUCACAUUAGUCAGUCACUGAUUUUUAAAUGCUGUACAAUAUCCGCAAUCUGAGCUCUAUGUCUGCAUAUGUUCACAGUAUAAGGAUACAGUCCAGGAUAGACCUGACAGAAUAGACAAUUAUUAUCCCACGGAGGUCAACCGCAUCAUAUAGGGGCACACACAGAAACUAAUUUGCAUAUAAAUAUGUAUGUGGGGAACGGGUAUUCAGCCAGUUACUAUCUCUCAAUCAAUAAGAUAUUCUGAGCGCACUCCCCUACUUUGCUUUGCCUUACUGGCUCCUACCUGGGGUUGGAUCGUAUCCUGCGCGCUCCAGAAGUAUAGUACCGCACCCGACUACCACUUCUGCGUCCUUGGAUGCUACCAAUGCUGUGUGCGGCUCCAGCCCCAGCUGUUGGCUAAAACGCCUUGCUGUCCGUCUCUACUUCUGUUUGGGGUAAUCUCUUGCUGAUCUGCUUCCCAACGCCUCAGCAGUCCUGUGUCGCCAGGAUCCAUAAACCGAGCUCCUCCCAACUCGUGUAAAGUAUCCAAAGAAAAGAUUAAAAUGAUCCUCUUUGCUGAUAAAAAUAUUCACUUUAUUUAUAUAAGACAAAAAUAUUUAUACACACAUAGUGCAAGACAAAUGCGGUCUUACGCGUUUCGGCUUAACAAUUGUGCCGUAAUCAUAGACCCUGCUACAUUUUCUACCACCUACGGUUUUUAAACCCAGGUGCAUAGUAGCACUACUCCCACUUAACCCUCUCCUCACCAGACCCUGCAUAGUAUACCAGAACAAUUGUCUCUAAACAUAUUGAAAUACAAAUAGGGUUGCAUUAGCCGGAUAAUCUCAUUAUAUCAUAUCUAGUUCGUAUGUUCAUCUUAAACGAUCUAAAUAUCCCAAUGAAAAAUAUGCAUUAUAAAUCUUAAAUCCACUAGUAAGCGUUAUAAUAUCCUAUCCAGAUUUUUAAGAUUCAGCAUUCAAACAUUUGAAACGAUUACGUGCUGAUUGAUGUAACACAUUUCUAAAAUCUUAUUAACAUUACAAACUCAUAACACUCUAUUUGACAACCACAGCCUGAUUGCUUUCAAAAUUAAUAAUUAAUAACCAUUCAUUUGUUGUUUCAGAGAAUCAGUUAAAUCGUACCUAUUACCUUAAAACUUUAUAUCACUUUAUUAUAGUUUAUAACCAUUUGCCUUAUAACUAGUGUUAUGAAGAUUAUUUUUUCAAAGUUCAUUUUCCUAUUCAUAUAUAUAGUUUCAUCAUCAUGCCAUAAACUUUAAAUAAUACAUCAUUUGGUUUAGUUUGUAAGACUCUGUCUGCAUGUCCCUGUUUUAAAUCUCCUUCUCUGGACAGAGAAAUGCAAAUUCUAUAGUAGAUAGUCUGAAGAUAAUGGGAAACAACAAGGCUUGUUGCCUGAAUGCUUUAACUGCAAAUGACAACACCAAUACUGUAUGCCUCUACAGACCUGCUUAAAAAUUAGUGAUUUAAUCUUGUAACUUUUACAAAAGGAAACAUCUUUUUGCAUUUUUUUUUCUUCCAAAGAAGUUACCGUAUAUGUUCUGUCUCCAAAACAAUGCACAAUACAUUUUUUUUAAUCAAAAAGUAUUUUCUCAUUUUCUGUCGGAUGGUCAAGUACUCUACUGAGCUAAAUAAUGCACAUAGCCACUAAACAUGUAAUAUGCACCAAGCUAUGUUGUUAAUAAGAACAGGUAUAAUGAUACAUAGGGUAAUCUAAUGUAACUUAAAUUAACUACACAAAAUAUUUACUAAAUUUCAUGCUGCAUUAUAACACUGCUUUUGUAAAAAUGCCAAAUGCCGAGGAGAUAGUCUGCAAUUCCUAGUAUGAAUUGCAUGAUUGGUUCCACAUUAAAAAAACAUAUUUAAUGAUGUGAUUUUGCUACAGUACCAGAUUUCCCUACUGCUCCUAGGCUAUAGUCUGUAUUAUGAAAUAUAUAAGGGUAGCAUGUCUCUUCACACCCCUUUAAAGUCUGGUAGAGCCACAUAUUGAGAAAACCAGGCAUAGUCUGAUUGACAGUGCUCAUACCAACACAACUGCUUGUUCCUGUUGGAAUUUUCCACACUAGUUAUGGGGUUUGCAAAGCUAUACACAAACAUGUGGCAUUUCAAUUUUCUGUAACUUAGGUAUGUUCCUUGUUUAUUUUUUCAUUAUUCUAUUUCACCUACAUAUUGUUAGAUGCAUGUAUUCAUGGAAAAAAUCUGUACAGAACAAGCAAAAGGUUUGAAAUGAAAACUAAAACAAAUAAUAAAAUUAUUUAAUUUUA